CAAGGCAGAGAGAACCCUGAGGCUUGCACAACACAACACACGGCGUCCUACCAGCCAGACAACUAGGCAGACUGGCACCAAAAUGGCAGCAACAGUGACAGAAUCCGGGGGGGUGAAGGUUGUCACAGAGGUCGUCCCGCAGACCGACCCCCGGGCUGCACAGCUGGACUCAACGGCACCACAGCCCAGCUCGGCCCAGGUCAAAGGCUUCAGGAAGGCACAGCCCAAGGCGCUGGGGGCCAUACAGAUCGUAUCUGGUUUCAUUCAGAUCUCCUUUGGGAUUGCCUUGAUGAUAACUGAAUCCCCAGCCCCAGCCCUCACCGUGGCCAGCGGAGUCUACUUCUGGAUCGGCUUGCUGCUCGUGUCCUCAGGAUCCGUGCUGGUGGAGACUGAGAGAAGAGAAAGCAUCCGGCUGGUGAAAGUCUGCUACAUUAUCAGCGGCCUGGUCAUCCUGGCCACCCUGACAGCUGUGAUCAUUCACAGCGUGGAGAUCGGCCAAGACAUCCCGUGGUGCAACAUACAUGAGGGCGGCAAAAUGACCCCGCUGAACUGCUCCCAAUCUGUCUACAUUCUGAGUCACGGGAUUAACUCGAUAUUCAUCCUGCUGUGCCUGCUGGAGCUGUGCACGGCCAUCGCCGCCUUGGUCUACGGACACAAGGCCUUGAAACAGCAGGACUACACGCAGAUGGUGCUGUGAUGGAGCAGAGGCCGGCUUUGCUCCUCCCACCCCCAGGUGCACUGAGAACAUGAUGGAGAUUUCCCGCACUGGAGCCACAGUGACAUGGACCCUUGGCCACUUCUUCACCUUCCCAGGCAGGACGGCAGAGGGAGCAAACUCUGAGCCCCAACAUCUCCUGCAGCCCACCCUACCCCCCCAACUCUUCUGUGUCUAGGGGAUAGGGGCAAAUGCUGAGCCAGACACCACUAUUCCUGAGCCCCCAACUGAGAGAUGAGAGCAGCUUUAACGCUCAAAGUAUCCGCUGACUUUCCCCACAAACUCUCCUGUCUGUAACCUACUGCAGCCCAUGACCUCUCUCAGGACCCUCCUCACAGAAUCCCCUCGUGGACUCUGACCCCUGAAUUCCAACCCCCCCGAAAUUAGGAGGCAGGAGACUCUGACUUUCUGCACCCCAAAACCCUCCCCUGAUUCCUAAACGCUCCAGCCUGUAUGGGGACGGUGAAAACAAACUGACCCACACACACCUUCCCUGGCCCCUCAAACUCGCCAGUCAGUAAUGGGGGAGGAGCUGGAAUGAGACUGAACCCAGGCCUCCCUCUCCCCUCAAAUCCUCCUAUGAUCCCUGGAACUCUCUGCAACCAGAGCACAAGACAGUGAACUCCAAAGCCAUCCUUCCGUCCUGCUCACGCCUCUCCCCCAAUUCCACAAACCCUCCCGUCUGCACAGGCAAACAAGACGGAUGGGGAAAACAGACGGAGUCAACAGGAUUAUGGAGUAGAAGUUGAUCCAUCCCUUUUUCUUGGUCUUUGUCCCCUGGUCCCCUCACACAACUUUACUGCACCAAGGCAGAGAGUCGGGGUCUGUUUAAUUUUUUUUUAUUUGUGUUGCAGUAAAGGAGUGCUGUAAGCAAUGGGCUGUGGAUAGAAGGUAACAGAUUCGGUAACCAGAUAUAAACACUUCUAUUACAUGAUGGAACAUACAGGGCAGCAUGUGAUAUAUAAAAAAAAAAAAAAAAAAAACACUAGAGACAUGACAUCCUGAUUGUCCCAGAACAUAGCAGUGAUGCCAUGAUCUCCAUGUAAAUGCCACAUUCAGCCCUCAGUAACUCCUGAUGUCUUGGGCUUCCACCAAGAACUUGGCCCCUCUGUCUCCUGAAAAUCCUCACUCGUUCUCCUUUCAUGUUGUAUUAUCCCAUCCAGAUCCCAUGUUUUAUGGACCAGCCUUUAGCACUUGACUUCUUUGCUGAUUUCCAGGUCCUUAGAAUGAUUUCUUCAGCCAUUGCUGAUCCUCUCAAACAACAUAUUUCUGAGGGGAAGUCAAAUCCUUAGCAGCCGUCAGGACUUGUAGAAUAAAGGGCUUAGGACCACCAGGGUUACUGCUGUUUAAAAUCACAUUCACUCACCUCCUAACUUCUUCCCAAUCUUCUUUGGUUUUAUGGCAGUGGUCAUCCAACUCUUUCACUCUGAGGAUCAUGUCAUAAAAGAAAGAUCUUCUCACUGAUCUCCCUUCCCUUCCAGUAUCCCAGUUGUCUUCCAGUACCCCACCACUCCCAUUGCUUGGAUCUUAAAAUGUCUCAUUCUGUAACCCACCAGGAAGGAUUUAGUGCGCCACAACGGGAAAGCCACACCUCUAGGGCAAUAUAAAUGUAUCAGAUUUCCUUGUUCCCUUCACAGCUCCAGCAAGAAUCCACCUCUUGUCUGUUGCCAGGUUGAUUCUACCGCGCAAAUGCUAAAGAUGCAUUUUUAUUUUUUUUUGCUAUAUUAGCCUGAGCUUACAGUAUUAUUAUAACAAAUGUUCCCACAGAA